UGUUGGCUAAGCUAGAAAAUCCAGUGGGGUUUACAUGUGGAUCUUCAUUGACUCAUAAAAUUUAUAUCUACACAAAUGGCUAUAUUACUCUUGAUGGUGAAUUCAACAGUGGUAGACCUCAUCUGUUUUCAAAUCUGAAUGAAGUACAACCAGGCUCUAUGGUUGCUCCUUUCUGGUCAGACAUUGACAUGACAAGAGAUUCCAGAAUUUGGUAUCAUUUCUACAAUAAAUUCACAGCAAAUUCCUCAGUUCUGAGCCAGGCCCAGUCUCUGAUUGUGGAGAAUUACAGAGACUCAGCUACAGCCUCUAGUUUUAACCCUAAUACAGCUUUAGUCGUGACAUGGGAGAAUGUUCAUCCUGCUCCAGUGUCAUCAUAUUCCUCACAGAAUGCCAGUUUCCAGCUUCUGAUAGCCAGUGAUGGAGUGACCACCUAUGCAGCCUUUCUGUUUAAACAGAUGGACUGGAUUCCUCCUAAACCUGUCUUACUGGGCUACAGGUGUGGGUCAGAUGACUUCUACAGUCACCCUGCUUCUCUGACCAAUCACAUUCUACAGGAUGUCAUUAACAAUGGUUAUAACAAUGGAAGUAAGCAAGGACUAUGGAUUUACAAAUUGGACAGAAUGAACAACUUUAUAAACUUUGCUGAAAAAUGCUAUACAUGGAUGCAAAACUCUGGAAAUCCAGGAUUCUUGGCUGUUGUUUUGGCCAAUACAAAUUUAACAAAGUGUCCCUGUAGUGAAGACAGGAUACAAAAAGAUGGCCGCUUUGUUCAGUACCCAAAGGAGCCCAACUGUUAUGUAUUGAAGUUUUCACCUUCUGCCAUAACAGGGACAAGGAAAUGCUGUUACUCAAGAAACUCCACCCAUUCCAAUCUGAUCAGCACUGGGAGAGAGGCUGGUUUUAUUUACACGGAGCACCCCAUACAUAAUGAAGCCAUGGCCAAUCUGAAGGAUGAAGAACCACACAACUACUGCUGUGUACAGUCCAACCUUUGUAGUGAAUUCCUGAAGCUGAGAAUUUCUGAUACCUGUGAAUUUUACAGUCCGCUCACAUCAGGAUCCUCUUUUGGAGACCCCCAUGUAAGAACACUGGAUGGUCUGACCUAUACAUUUAAUGGACUGGGAGAGUAUGUGAUGCUGACUAUGGUAGAACCAGGAACAAACAUCACCCUACUGGAGAUACAGACUCGUACAGCACAAGCUGUCAAUGCUAAUGGAACCAAGAUAAAUGCCACAGUCUUCCAUGCAUUUGUUUUCAAGGAAAAGAAUGGAGGAGAAGCUCAGGUAGAAGUCAAUCUAGCAGAAACAGGCAUGAUUUUAUAUGCAGACAGAAUAGACAUCACCCCACAAUUUUAUGCCAGUGUCACCUAUACAUAUUACAGAGAAAAUUCAAUAUUUAUAACAAAAACAGGAACUAACAGAGUAGAGAUUCUCUUCCCAUCAGGUAUUACUUUUGACAUGUCUUUGAAUCUUGGAAUGUUGGAGUUAACCACUGGUAUACCAGAUUCAUUGUCCUCGACUACAACAAACUUUGGCCUUUUGGGAAAUGUGAACGGAGACAUAAAUGAUGACCUGAAAACUCCUAACGGAACUCUUCUCCCUUCUAACUCAACAGAAAAGGAAAUCUACCACAACUUUGGAGAGCUCUGGAGAGUUGAUUGUGACAAGUCACUCUUUGUCUAUCAGCAUGACUUGACUUGUGCCUCCUAUCAGCCAACAAAUUUUACACCCAUAUUCAUGGAGGACUUCACUCAGCAAGAAAUAACCCAAGCUCAAGAGGAGUGUGGGGGCCCCCAGAACUUCAACUGUAUUUAUGACUUCCUGGCCACAGAAAACAAAGCCAUUGCUAAUAUUACUAGAAUAGUUUAUCAGACAGCUCUACAAGAGGAGAGAAGUGCAGCCAACACUAGGCCUGUCAUUGAUGGAUUGGGUUCUAUCUAUACAGUAGUUGGUCAGAGCUUUACAAUAACAGCCAAUGCCUCAGAUGUCAAUGGUGACAAUGUGACUAUAGUUAUGCUGAGUCCAGUAAAUGUGACCUCUGCUACUCUACCUGGGAAUGUGUCCUUCUCCUACACCUAUACCCCACAAGACAUGACUCCUUAUGCUGUGGAAUUGUAUGCUAUUGAUUCUUUGAAUGGAGUGUCCAAGGUACUGUAUGAGCAGGUGUACCAGUGUUAUAACUGUAGUAACCGUGGCAACUGUAACAACUCCCUAGCAACAAGCACCAGUAUCUCAUCGUUCUUUAUUGUGCCAUGUACUUGUGAUCUGGGAUGGACAGGUAACUCCUGUGAGAUUGAUAUUGAUGGUUGUGCUGGUUCCCCAUGUGAUCCCCUCAGUAACUGUACAGACAAUCCAGCAGCUGAGCACCAGUCAACAGGAAGGGCAUUCAAGUGUGAAAAUUGUCUCCAGGGAUAUCAGAUAACAGAGUCUUUCAAAUGUUUAGAUGUAGAUGAAUGCUCCAACAGUUCUCUGAAUGGCUGUAACCAGAUCUGUACAAACACAGAAGGAAGUUAUUCCUGCUCAUGUUAUCAAGGAUACAGAUCAGCAGGGACAUCAUGUUUAGACAUUGAUGAGUGUACAGAAGGAACCAGUAACUGCCAACAACUCUGUGUGAAUGCUGUAGGUUAUUACAAUUGUUCCUGUUUGGAUGGCUAUUCUCUCCAGUCAGAUGGAUUCUUCUGUGUUAUACAAAGUCCACAGCAGUCCUGCACCAGUAUGAACUGUAGUCAAGGAUGUUCUGUCAACAACACAGGUUCUCCAUAUUGCUUCUGUUACCAAGGUUACAGUCUGCUGCCAGACGGACAGAAUUGUACUGAUGUGAAUGAAUGUCAGAAUAGUGGACAAUGUCCCCAAGUGUGUUCAAACACUGACGGCAGUUUUACAUGCAGUUGUUUCGUUGGUUACAAGCUGCAAAAUGACCAAGUUUCUUGCACAGGUUGUGAUUCCCUGCAUUGGGGCUACAAUUGCAACAAAUCAUGUGACUGUUCCCAGAAUGCUUUGCGUUGUGACAGUGUAAGAGGAUGUGUUUGUAAGACUGGUUGGACAGGAACCCUGUGUGACACUAACAUCAAUGAAUGUGUGGAUCCAAGUUUGUGUUCAGCUACAGAGGUGUGUGUAGACAACCCAGGAUCCUACAGCUGUCAGUGUGUCAGUGGAUAUCAGAGAAAUGCUUCACAAAUCUGUCAAAAUAUGGAUGAGUGUAGCUCAGCCCUCCAUAACUGUACCUCCACAGAGAUCUGUCAGGACAUACCAGGUUCAUUCCUCUGUCCAUGUCAAGUGGGUUACCAGAGAAAUACCACCUCUGGGGCAUGUGAAGAUAUUGAUGAAUGUGGAGAAGGGACAGAUUCCUGUAACCAGAAUUGUCACAACACUGUAGGGAGUUAUUAUUGUACCUGUUAUACUGGAUAUCAGCUACAAGACGACAGGAGAACAUGUGUGAAAUCCAGAAAUCCCUGUCUCGGAGCCAGCGUGGAUGGAACCUGUGACAACACUCAUGGAGGAUGUACUGUCAACUCUUCCAAUGUAGCCUAUUGUUUCUGUGACCAUGGAUACGACCUCCAGGUCAAUGCUUCAGGAUUCUCACUUUGUCCAAAUAUCAAUGAGUGUGUGACCAACAUCUCUGGCUGUUCCCACAUCUGUAAUGAUGUCAGUGGUAGCUUCUACUGUGAUUGUCCUGAUGGGUACAAACUGACAACAGAUCACAAAACAUGUGAAAGUUGCAGUGUAACCAACACCUGGGGACCAAACUGUACUACCCCUUGUAACUGUGCAGUAGGAACCUCAUCAUGUGACCCCCUGAUUGGUUGUCGUUGUCUGCCAGGAUGGACAGGAACACUGUGUGAGCUUAACAUCAAUGAAUGUUUGAACAGGCCCUGUAAUGCUACCCAAAUAUGUGUAGAUACUGAAGGCUCCUACAUAUGUAAAUGUGAUUCAGGAUUUCAGAGUAACCAAAGUGGUGGCUGUCAAGAUGUUGAUGAAUGCAGCAAUAACCAGGACAGUUGUCAGCAACUGUGCACAAAUACAGAAGGAAGCUACAACUGUUCUUGUAGAUCUGGAUUUGAGCUGAAGUCAGACGGAAUCUCGUGUCAAGAUAUUGAUGAGUGUGGUUUACGCACCAAUCCGUGCACUCAGAGGUGUGUGAACACAGAUGGGUCUUUUGUUUGUGCUUGUGAGGCAGGUUUUAGACUACAUGGUUACCAGUGUUUAGACUCUGUAGAACCUCCUUGCGUUGCUCGAAAAUGUCCCCAGGGAUGUAGAAUUAAUAGCACAGGAGAACCAGAGUGCUUCUGUUACCUUGGUUACAGAAUGAAGGCAGACUCAUCUUGUGAAGAUAUCAAUGAGUGUUUAGAUGCACCUUGCCCACACAGCUGCCAGAACACUAAUGGAAGUGUGGAGUGUGGAUGUUAUGAUGGAUAUCAGCUUCAGACAGACCACAGGUCAUGUCAGGUCUGUGACCUUGAUCACUGGGGACAGAACUGUGAGAUGUCAUGUGACUGUACCCAUCAUGCCCUGUACUGUAACAGUGUGAUUGGCUGUGUGUGUAAGCCUGGCUGGUCUGGGAGGUUCUGUGAAGAAAACUUCAAUGAGUGUGAGGAUGUCAGCCUGUGUCAGUCACCUGAGGUCUGUACAGACACCUAUGGAUCAUUUGCCUGUGUUUGUGAAAAUGGCUACCAGAGGAAUACCAAUACAGGACUUUGUGAAUAUUCCAGUGCUUGCAGCUCUUGGGCUCAGUAUGCCUGCCCAAUAGAUGAACUUUGUGUGGACACUACAGACAAUUACAUGUGCGUCUGUGCUGAAGGGUUUAUUAGAGUUAACGACACUUGUCAAGAUUUGGAUGAAUGCUCAGAAAUGUUACACAAUUGUCAUCAUGAGUGUGUGAAUACAUUUGGCAGCUUCAGGUGUACAUGUAAAACUGGAUACAGCCAACAGAUCAAUGGAAAAGAGUGUCUCCCACAAUUGUCUAACCCCUGCAGAAGUAGUAACAAGUGGAACUUCUGUGACCAUACCUAUGGGGGGUGUACUGUGGAUGGAGGAGGAAAUCCUGUGUGUUUCUGUAGGGCUGGUUACUCUCCUGUACAAAAGGAUAAUUUCACUCUCUGUAAUGACCUUCAGGAAUGUUGGAUGGGUAUAUCUGGCUGCUCUCACAGUUGUUCAAAUACCUGGGGUGGAUUUACCUGUGAGUGUCCCAAAGGAUUCACUCUGGACACUGAUAGGAAGACUUGUAUCAGUUGUGCUGAUAUGGGAAAAUGGGGAGAUAACUGCACAAAUUCCUGUGGCUGUGGACGUGGUGCCUUAAGAUGUGACCCUGUGACUGGUUGUGUGUGUAAACAGGGCUGGACUGGUCCCCACUGCUCACAACAUGUUGAUGACUGUAGUAACACCUCAUGUGGUACUCACCAGAAGUGUGUUCAUGUCAACUUCUCUCGUCUGUGUGUCUGUGAAAAGGGUUUCCAAAGAGACUCCAACAAUCUGUGUCAAGAUAUUGAUGAGUGUUCUACUAACCAACACCUUUGCACACAGAGAUGUAUUAACACACAGGGAAGCUACAGGUGCUCCUGUACUGAUGGGUUCCAACUCGGAUCAGACAAUAGAACUUGUGAAGAUGUUGAUGAGUGUACACUGGAGACAUCAGACUGUCAACAACAGUGUCUUAACACAAUAGGAGGCUACUACUGCUUCUGUUAUGAUGGAUUCUACCUGACUGGUUCCAAUCAAUGUAUUAAAGAUUUGUCUACCUCCCCCUGUGUUGGCACGGGUGAUUCCUGUCAGUAUGGAUGUAGAGUGGAGGGAGGACUAGCUUUCUGUUUCUGUCCUAAUGGCUAUACACUGAACACUGACAGGACAACUUGUUCAUAUGUAAAUUCAACAGUAAAUGUACAGUUGAAAACAAAUAUCAAUUUCCGAUCUGAAUACAAUAACCCCUCUUCACUGCUGUACAAAAACCUAAAGGAGGACAUGGAAACUGAGACUCGUUCCUUUUUUGGAAACAUGCAGAAUCUGAAGUCUGUGAAGAUUUUUAGAAUUAGUGAGAGCAGUACUGUGUUUGACCUACUAGUGAAGUUUAACACAAAUGUCACAAUGGAGUUGGAAGCACAGUUGAGUACAGUUCUACAGAACAUUUACCAGUCAGGAAUACAGUUACAGGGAACAAAAUAUGCUGUAUUAGAAAACCCAGUUACAUCAGUACCUUAUAAACCUGCCCCCUGUGUACUUUGUCUUUCCACCGAAAGAUGUCACAUCCUUGUGGAUAACAGCUAUGUAUGCAGAACUAUUUCAGUAAGCACUACUAAUGCAGUAUCCCUGAAAAUAACAACAGCUAAGAGCUAUGAAGCAUUUAUGGCAGAUACAACAGAUAUAAAAUAUGCUGUGUUUGAAAACUCGGUCAUCACAACACUGAAUGAAAUACUGAACUUCACAGUGGUAGACAGAAUCCAGUUGUCAACAAUAUUAGCUUUGGCCACUGGAACAAAAUUACAUGUGACAGUCCUCUUGAAAGUGUUAACUGACCCAGAUUUUGUGGCCCUGAUUGCCAGUAAAGUCAACGAGAAAAUAGACACUGUAGGGUGCAUAACUCUUGUUGGUAACUGUGUACCUUUGUUAAAGAAUACAGACAUCUUUGAUGGAACUCGAGAAGUUCCAGUGGUAUGCAAGACAUGUUCAGAAAAUGUAACCUGUAUCACUCAUUCUCCAGGCUGGUGGAAUUGCUUGAUAAGUACUACUGUAAUUCCAUCUACAACACCUGUUCCUACAACAACUGAAACAACAACAGUUUCAGCAGUUUCUAGCACCCCCAGAACGAUUACAGAGGACAAGCAGAUAAUUGUGGGGGUGGGGGUAGCAGUCCCCCUGGGGGUUCUUUUCCUUGUCCUAAUUAUUGUUCUUGGUGUACUACUGUGCAGGAAGUGGCAUCACUGGAAAAUACAAAGGAAUAGGACUCGGAACUAUAUUGCAGGCCCACAACAGAGAAAUCAGACAAACAGAGAGAGGGUAGUCUUUCGGCAACCUAUAGGACACAUUAGACAACCUUCUGCCCAAAUAAGACCCACCCUACGCAAUGGCAUACCACCCAGCUAUCCACGUAUAUAUCCAGUCUUGGACCACUUACAAGAUGAUCGUAGAUCAGGUCGAACAUCAAGACGAAAGGACAGUUUUGCAUUACAACGUCCUUUGGUGGAUCAGAGACCCAGUCAUAUAUACAAUUCCUAGGCCCUGUAAAUGGAGGAAGGGUGAUUGGUGUUUUAAUGAUACCCUGCUAUAGGCUUUAUGUUUCCGAAUUUCCAAGUUACGGACAGGUUCUUUG